AUGUUCAUGAAAUACGCCAUUUUGAGCUUGGCCGUUGCAGCCAUAGUCACAGCAGAUGCUUCAGAUAAGCCACAAGUUGAAAUACUUACAGAAAAAAAUCUCGUCAGCGAAACAGGAUAUGAUUUCGAAUUUAAAACAAGUGAUGGUGUCUCGCGUAAAGAAGAGGGCCAGCUUAUAACGGUGGGAGACCAACAAGGCAUCGCAGUGAAAGGGUCUUAUUCCUACGAUGCUCCUGACGGCGAACACUACAUAGUCACUUUCACCGCUGAUGACAAAGGUUUCAAGCCAAUCAUUCACACAACUAAUGGGCAA